AUGUCGGCAGGGCCAGGACCACCCAAAUCGCCAGCUCCGCAUCCACCACGACGGGGACACAGCGUUACCGCCGGACGGCUGACCCGGUACAGGAACCUGCGGGAGCACAAGAGCGUGCUGGACUUUGGCCGAGACUGGAGGGACUGGGACGUGGACAUUUUUCAGGAUGACGACACUGUGUCGAGUGCCACGACGGAAACGGGCACCGCGACAAGCAUUGGCAUUUGCAUCGGGAUCGCCGUCGAUGAUGAGCAGCAGACGACAGAACAGCAGCAACUGGCGACGGCAGCGGCACAAACACCAGCGAGGAAUACGCAGCAGCAGCAGCAGCAGCAGCAGCAGCGCGGCCAGACAACGCCCUCUUCCGCGGCAAGACGGCGGACGGCACCGGCACUCACGCUCCAACCACCGCCGCAGACCCCGCUGCAGUUGUCGCGCCCACAGUCGCAUUGGCAGUGGCCCGAUGUUGGUGUUGGUGUUGGUUUUGGUGCAUUUGAAGACGACGACUACGACGACGAGGCAUCCCCCUCCUUUCUCGGACGCGGCACCGCCAGCUGCUACUAUGCUUCGAGGUCUAACCUGAACGAUUACCACCCGUAUUCUUCUAGCACGGAAGCAGCAGAAGCAAGCGUCACAGCGCCGCCGUGUCCCGAGUCUCCUGUGCGGUUCAGCUACCCCAACAGACGGCGGCCAAAAACAGCCCCCAAUGCGGCCGAGAGCCCCUUGCAGGGGGCGGCACUACCACCCCUUCUCCAAGCAUUCGCUCUCGGCCAGGUACCUGGUGCUGCUUUGCCUUUAGGAGAAGGACCAUCGCCUGCAGGAUCAGCAGCAGCAGCACCACCACCACCACCACCACCAACUGCACCACCGCCGAAUGUACCACCUCCUCCUCCUCCGAAUUUCCUGCCGCCUCCUCUUCCGUUAACCGCAAGGGUAGCACGCGACUCUCUGCCGCCUCCUUUACCCCAGCUGAGGCCUCGCUCGCACAACCCGAUCCUCGUUUCCAACUCCUCGUCAUGCGCCGACCUCAAGCUCUCUGCACGAGCUGACCACGCCCGUUCCCAAAUCAUCACCAAACUCAACCUCCACCCCGUACCCAGCAGAGAACAGCUCAGAGACGAAGAGUGGGAGAAGCACCGCCAGCAGCAACAGCAGCUCCAACAGCAGAUUGAACAGGAGGAGGAAGACGAUCGCCGGCGCAAGGACCAGGAACAGGAGGAGGCCACCCGCUGGGCCGAAGAAGUCGCCCGUCUCGAAGCAGAGACUGAUCGCAUCUUGGCAGAACAGAAGAGGAAGGAUCUCGCAAGACUUCAGGCUCAAUUAGCCGCUGUUCCCGACCCUCCGCCCCGACGAUCCCCCAUCGUCAACAAGUUCGCCUUCUUUCUUAGAAAAAGUCGCAAGUCCGACUCUGCUACGCUCACAAAGUCCCCUCCCACAUACUUUCAGCCACUUUCGCUCGAUUGCCGGCCAGUCAGCGUCAUGGAUCCCACACGCUUCAUUCAGGCCGGCGGAGGCGGCAUCGUCCCCCAGACCGAUGCCCCCAUCACAGCCAGCAAUGCUGGCGAACGUCGAGUGACAAUUCGAUGCAUGCAGUCGUCCAUCAGCCUGCCCGUCACCCCCGAGACGACUCCCAUGGAAAUCUUGUAUUCGGCCGCCAACCUCAUGACCCAGAACAUCAACCCGCAAACCAGCAUUGUCAUGGAGUGCUACUUCGCUUUUGGCCUGGAGCGUCGGCUUAGGCGAUAUGAGAGGGUGAGAGAUGUCUUGAACUCAUGGGACCGUGACAGCCAGCACUGCCUUCUCAUCAUCCCUGGAGACUCUGUCGACAAGAACCCCGAUCUAAACGUCGAGGUCGUGCCCCGCACUAUCGACCCCCCGGCCGGUCUGAUCAACUUUUUGAUGUACCACUCUUCGCGACCCGGGAAAUGGAACAAACGGUACAUCACUCUCAAAGAGGAUGGGCAGGUGUUUUCCGCCAAGAAGAAGGACGCCAAGGUUUCGGACAAGGAUUCGCUUUCACUGUGUCAUCUUUCGGAUUUCGACCUCUACUCAGUCACAGAGAAGGACAUGUUGAAGCAAAUCAGAGCACCCAAGAAGAACACAUUUGCCGUGAAGAGUCAGCAAAAGUCCAGCGUUUUCCAAAACACCGAAAACUUUAUCCACUUCUUCUCGACCGAUGACGCUAGACUCGCUGAGGACUUUAAGAGAGUCCUGCACUCAUGGCGCAGUUGGUAUCUGGUCAACAAGAAGGUUGAUUUGAGCAAGCCAAAGAAGACAUCGCGCAGCCCGAACGAGAAGCCCUCGAGUGGUCUCGCCAGAAGCGGGACCCUGCACCGACUCAAAGUAUCGGUAGACGAGACUCCAUACACGAUUGGAACAUUCUCUCCGCUCCUGGAUAUGGAAAAGCUCGAAAAGUCCAUCGACGAUAUUGGCAGGGAGCCCGAGAAGCACUCGAUGCGGCCGGCAGAGCAGCUCUCUGUUCCGAAGCAGCAAAAGGUCGUCUCUCGUUCAAGGACUACGCCCAACCUUGCUUCUCCGAUGCCGAGGAAGCACAUUGAUCCAUUUGCCAGGGACCAGGAAUUCAGAAACAGUGGCUUGCUGGGUCGCGCGUAUGAAGGACGAAAGCAGCAGGCUGAGAAGAACGCGGCAGCUGCAGCUCACGAAGAUCUCUCGCCCGACAGCCCUUUUACUGGAGGACUACUCACCAACUACCCAGAGCCUGAGAUGCAGACGUCCGGGCAGCUGAGCGGGAUGCCCGCGAGAAGAGGUACGGUGCGCACGUCCCGGUCGGCCGUGGAACCCAUGGCCCAACCCCGAAGCCGGUCCCGCCCUCCCGUCGCUCGUCCAACUGCGUCAGCACGCCCGACAACAUCGGACGGACCGUCCCAGAGGAAGCCAGGGAUGCCUCAGCCUCUGGUCGACCUAACACCCAAAGUCCCAGAUUUGCCUGCCGCUUGGCGAGAGGGUCACGGCCGUGGAAUCAAGGCGCCAACAGGCACGCCUUUAAUUCAGAUGGCUACGGGCUGGGAAAACUCGCCGGAUACCACAAUGGCACCGCAACUGCCAACCGUAACUCGCAUGGGUACGACCAAGGCGUACCCGCCUCAGCGCAUGGCUUCGCAAUCGGCGGCCUCAAGACCGAGGAGUCGCUCGACGGCUGGUGGCGCACCCGUCCGCCGAGUCGUGUCUAACGAGCAACCACCCAUGCCGUCGAUGCCGAGACGGACUUCGCGACAAAAUGACGAGGACGUGCCGCUGAUCAAUUUUGUCGAGCGCGAGCGAGGUCGCGACGCGAGACCCCGCGCCUCACAGGGCCUUGGUCGGAGUGGCACUGUCAGACAUUGA